CGCUCCAGAAAGAUGGGGCGGGCAGAGUGAGACCUCCGCCGCGAGAUUCGAGCCCUGUUCCCGCGGACUUGACUUUAUUGUCACCGUUGCGUGGAGUGGAUGUCCACAACAAGCCCUCCACAGGCAGAGCAGCUUGAUUUGGAGCCAUGGUCGUUGCAUUACCGAGCAGGAAUUGCGGCUCUUAAACCGUCACUUCUUCCAGGCAGAUGGAGGCAAUGGAGGUAGAUUCCCCUGUGGGGAUACAGGAAGGAGGCAGCAGACCACCACAGGCAGCCGUUGCAGACCAGGCCGAGAAUGCCAACGCACCACUUGUCAUCUCAGACUCCGGCAGCAGUACCGAGGUGGAGGAGGAAGAACAUGAUAGCAAUGAGGGACAAGAGGCAGCUCGGCCACUUCCAAGGCUUCCCGCGACCUGGGCGUUUAGUCAGAGGGCGGUGAGCAGGACUGCAUCAGCAGCUCGGGGGGCACCCAUGCGGAGAAGAGUCAGGCAGGGCCUCAGAGUGCACUACCCCAGCCAGACGGCGGCACCCUCAAGAGGCUUCCCUGACUUUCUGCUCCGAGCGCCGGCUGCCAGCGUGGCUGAGUUAGAGUCUGGCAGCACCACAGAGGUCAGCGAGUCGGAUGAAGAGGAUGGAGCAGUGGAAGCGGGGGGUGAAGAGGGUGCCUCUGCUGUUGUGUUACCUGUUGACCCAGCCCCACCAACCAUUUCUCACCUCACCACCUCCAUACAUCACACGCAGCCCCAGGAUGUCAGCUCAGCCAACCCCAGUUCAGCUGCAGAAAAUGAGAGGACAGGAAAUCAACAUCAGGGCGUUAAGUUGGCCUCGAAAACCUUGGCUUCCGUUCUGUCAUCUCUGAGUGAGGAGACUGAAGGCGACAACUGCACCAUCUGCUUCGAGGCGUGGACGACGGCGGGCGAACACAGGCUGUCCGCUCUGCGCUGCGGACAUCUCUUCGGCUACACCUGCAUCCAGCGCUGGCUGAAAGCUCAGGGUUCAGCCGCUAAAUGUCCACAGUGUAACAAGAAAGCAAAGCGUUCAGACAUCGUGCUACUGUACGCUCCAAAGCUAAGAGCGCUGGACAACUCUGAGGAGGAGAGCUUAAAAAAGUCUCUGGAGCAGGAGCAGUCCCUCAGAAGGAAGGCUGAACUGGAGUCAGCUCAGUACAAACUCAAACUACAGGUCGUCACCAGCAAGUAUGGACAAGUAGAACAAGAGCUGCAGGAGCUGAGGUCUCUAAUGGCUCAGGCGGGUAGAAGCUCGGUUCCCUCUUCUUCCUCGGGGUCAGCCGUAUUCCUCGGCCUAUCUCAGAGGCAAGAGGGCUCCAGGAAGGCCCAAUACAGCUUCUCCAAGGCAAUUUUAGUGUCUCAGGCUGGAGGCUGUAGGGUCUUGUCAUACUGUGAACCUCUGAGUUGCCUGCUUGCCUCACAGCCUUCCCCACAAGCCACAUUGGUGCCUGGUUGUGGGGUAAAGAAGGUGAGUGUGGUGAAUAUGAAGGCGAGUCAGUACGUCCCCAUCCACAGUAAACAGAUCAGAGGUUUGUCCUUCAAUAGGCAGAAUGACAGUCUGCUGCUGUCUGCUGCCCUGGACAACACCAUCAAACUGACCAGUCUGUUGACCAACACAGUGGUUCAGACCUAUAAUGCAGGCAAACCAGUGUGGAGCUGCUGCUGGUGUUUGGAUAACAGUAACUACAUCUAUGCUGGUCUGAGCAACGGCUCGGUGCUCGUCUACGACACCAGAGACACCACCACACACGUCCAGGAGCUACAGCCGCUUCGCUCCAGGUGUCCAGUGGCAUCUCUGUGCUAUGUUCCGCGGGCAGCAUCCAGCUCGUUCCCCUGCGGUGGGUUGAUUGCAGGGUCUAUGGAGGGAGGGUGUUUCUGGGAGCAGGUCAGCGAGGUCACAUACAGACCCCAUGUCCUGCCGCUGGAAACAUCUGGCUGCACCGACAUCCAGGUGGAAACCGAAAGCCGUCACUGUUUGGUCACGUACAGGCCAGGACGUUCCAAUCCAUCUCUGCGCUGUGUCCUGAUGGCUCUGAACCGUACACCUCAGCAGGACUCGAGUCAGCUGCCCAACUGCUCCUGCUGUCCUGUGCAGACGUUCAGCGCCGGCUCGUCCUGUAAACUGCUCACCAAGAACGCCGUCUUCAAGAGUCCAGAUGGAGUAGGAACACUGGUCUGUGCUGGUGACGAGGCCUCAAACUCUACCAUGGUGUGGGACGCCAGCAGCGGCUCUCUGCUCCAAAAGCUUCCAGCCGACCUGCCUGUGUUGGACAUCAGUCCAUUUGUGAUGAACGGGGAGCACUUCCUGGCCUCGCUGACAGAAAAGAUGCUAAAGCUCUACAGGUGGGAGUGAACCAGGAAACAAGGACCAGACACAGUCCCACGGCACAAGGACAGAAUCUGACUGUGCUGGAAAUCGAAUGCUGCUAAACCUUUGUCUGCUUGUUUACACAUAAAUCGAAACAAACUGGUUUCUGCAACUAUUGACCUUGACCCGAGACAGAACGCCUCUGUCAGGUGUGUAUAGACACACUGAGGUUCUGCUGAACUGUGAUCCCAUACAAAGGAAUAUGUUUGUUAUAUUUAUACACGCCUGAGGUCGAGUUAUUAAUAUUCUGCGUGUGUGUGUCGAUGUGUCUCUGGCCUGAGGUACUGCAGUCUCCCAGUUUCAACACUGGAGCUGAUAAAGGGGAAGAUGGUGAUUUUCUCUUGGUGUCUCUCAGGUGUGUUUCUGUGUUUUGGUUUGACAACUUCUGCUCUGCUUAAUCUUAAGAAUUGUGUAACCCAUCACAGUCAACAUCAAGUCUAUGGUUGCAACUUCUGCUUCUACUUUUAAGAUAAUUUGCUUACUAUUUCUGUGAACUGGUUACGGGAAUCGGCAGAAAUUUAGCAUUGUUUCCUCUUUCACUUAGUAAAUUGUUGUUUGUUGAUUUGAAAAGUCUACACAGCAUUACCUCAGAACUGGAGCCUGACUAAUAUGUUGGCAGGACAUAUCGGCUGAUUUCUAACCACCAUCCUUAAUUUGUCGUGGACAAGAAAUGACAGUGCCAGUGUUUGUCCACCAGAGAGCGCUGAAGUUAGUGUCUAGACUGUUCCAUUCGCCACAUACAUUUGGACGUCUCUUUUAUUAUCAACUUAAGUAUACAUUUUCCGGGCAAUACCUUACUGGUUGGCCCAUAUUUGCAGCUGUAUUGUCAUUGAGAUGGGUUACACAAAUAGAAGUCUGGAAACGUGUCAGGACAGAACAGUAGCAUAGCUCGCAAAAGUUAGUUUAGUUUAGCCUUAUAUAGGCUAAAUUGUGCUAAACCAUGGGUGUGGUCCUCUAAUGGAGAUAUUAUAGGACCAUUACUUCUAGUUUGCUGCUAAAGUGUGUCUUGCACAUUACUAUGGAUAAUUUACUUGGACUCUGUUGUCCCCUUUGAGAUUUAUUUCUCUCAUUUCAGAUGGCCAGUGGUGUCAGUUUGUUUUUGGUGUAAGCUUGAAAGCUGCUGCAGAUUGAAAGGUAUAAGCCACGAGUAAAAAGUUUCUGUCAAACUGUUAAAUGCGUUGAGGUUUGAGCGCAGGGUGCAGAUCAGGAACUUGUGUCCUUGUUUUCAACACCUCUAUGUUUGCCCGUUAUCACAGUCAGCUCAUCACUGCAGUGCCUUCUGUAGCUUCUCAACUGAACGUUCAGAUGUCUGAGGAUCCUUGAGUCCACCACAAACAUGAAGUAAGAUAGUGAUCUGGCUGCAGCUAUGUCACCACUCGCUCUGAGCACAUUUCAUCUAACCAUGGUCUAAAACCUCACUGUUGUUAAAUGUGAAUUGUUUGUUGUCACAGGGAUAAGAGUUCAGCAGUGACUGUCGAAUGAAAUACCUCCAUUUCAACAUUGUCGUCAGUCAUUUGGUGCUCAGGUUCGGCUGUGCUUUGUUAGAGUGAGUGGUAAAAUCAGUUUAAACAACUUUGAGAAACUUGGAUUUCAAAAACGAGCCCAGCAGCAUCAAAGUGAAGCAGCAUUGAGAACAGCCCCAGAUUUUCAACUGUUAAUGAAAACUGAGGUAAUUUUGUCCCAUGUCUUCUUUUAAAGCACAUUAAAUUUGAUUUGAAUCAUCACAAGCAGCAAACUGCUCCAUCAUCACACCUUCAUCCCGUCUUCUUGUCACACUCCUUACUGAACCACAACUAUGAACACUGCCAAAGGACCCAUUUUUACUCUUGUUGGUUUUGCAUUUCUUAAGAAUGUUGUAUAUAUGUAUAUUUUCUACUGUUUGAGUUCAACUUCAAAGUUAAUAAAGAUGACAUGUUAUUUUUAA